AUGUUCACUACAACCCACCCUAAACUUUGCAAUUUGGAAAGUCGCACCAUUGCUGUGCUGGCUUUCCGAUCUAAUCUGUCUGUUGUUUUCUCUGGGUUUGAAACAGCUGCAGGACGAGAGCCCAGCCCGACAGCUGUCAGUAUUGCUAAUGGUGUCCUGCUCGUGUUGUUCCCAAAGGUCCUUCUGGAGAUACUCUCCCUGGCAGUGCCAGGGAUAUGCGUGGUGAUCGCUGACCCGUUGUUCUCCCUUGUCGACACGGCGUGUGUUGGCCAGAUUUCUUCUGCCCAGCUGGCAGCCCUUGGACCAAACACUGCAAUAUUCAACUUUGUGUUCCAGCUAUUCACCUUCCUUGGAAUGUCCAUCGCAAAUGCACUUGCUUCCAACAAUGUGCAUUCGCCAGGGCUGACGCAGACGGCAAGAAAUACACGGCGGGCGUUCUCUGAGUCCAUGCUCUGUUAUUCCUUGACCAUUGCUGCUGUUCUGGGAUGCGUGGCUACUGCGUUGCUCACCAUGUCAGGAGAGACCCUCUUGCGAGGGAUGGGUACCAGUGCACAUCUGAUGAAGUACGCCCUGCCUUAUCUUCAAAUCCGGGCCCUGGCAGCCCCUGCUGUUUUCAUAACGCUUGUGGCCCAGGGCGCCUGCCUUGGGCAGCAGGACAUGUGGACACCAAUGAGGGUUGUGUUGGUGUCUGGCCUUGUCAACUUGCUGGGCGACCUGUGGUUGAUUCUGCACUUCCAGCUUGGGACAGUGGGGGCAGCAGCUGCAACCACAGUGGCUCAAUAUGCAGGAGCUGCAUUUUUUCUGUGGUAUCUGCAUCACAAGGGAAAGCACGGGAAGGGUGUGCCUUUGAAGUGGAAAGGACUGCCAAGAGUGAAGGAGAUGUGGCCGAUGUUGAGCAUGGCAGGGGUGCUUGUACAGAGGUCCAUCAGCUUGAUGGUGGUGUACACUGCCCUGACUGCAGCAGCGACAAAGCUUGGAACUGUCGAGGCUGCAGCACACCAAGUCGCCCUGCAAUUCUUUUGGCUCCUGUCAUAUUUUACGGAGCCAUUCUCCUUGACCGCACAGACUUUGAUCGCACGCGAUGCGGCGGACCCAGUGAAGGUGCACCGCUUAGCGUACAUUCUGCUCUUCCUGGGUGGCUUGACAGGCGCUGUGCUGGCGCUGGUGCAAGGCUGCGUCCUGCUGGGAUUCCCACACAUCUUCUCAUCCGACCCAGCCGUAAUAUCGGCCGUCCAGAUGGUCGCCCCCCACGGCAUGCUUGCUUUGAUUGUCUGCUCCCUGGCCAUGAUAUGCGAUGGCGUUAGUAUUGGGUCCAGGCAAAUGAACCAUCUCCCACGGUUGACUGCAGUGUCUAUGCUGGUCGUGUUCUGGACACUCGAAUUUGGAGCCCAAGCGGGGCUGGGACUCCAUGGGGUGUGGUUGUCAAUGGUGGCGCUGUUUGGGUCGCGAGUCUGGCUGCAUGCCAUGUAUGUGAAGCUGCAUUGGAGGCGCAGCAUAUUCGGCGAGAACCGUGUGGCAGUGCCUGCUUAG